AUGGCUGGAGAGGAGAUUGCCACACUCAAAGCGCAAAUGGCUGACAGGAUAAAGCAGUAUGAGAGCAAGCUGGCAGCCCUUAACGCCAUUAAUAGCGCCUUACAAAAGGAGAAUGACAAGCUGCGCGAAGAGCUGGCUUUAGCACAGGAUCCAACCACUGAUGCAGAGGAGGAGUUGCUGGAACUGAAGGAAGAGUUUGCGAAGCGGCUGGGGGCGGCGGAUGUCACUAUCCAGGCCCUUAAGGAUGAGAAAGCUCGCCUGCAGGCCCAGCUGAGCCAGGCGGCAGCGGGGGGGUCCGCCAGUGAAGCCCGGCUAGCGGACAUGUCCAGCACCAUUGCGCAGCUGCGGGCUGAAGGGGAGGCGCUGGCUAGGAAGGCGGGAGAGCAGGAGGCAGCGCUGAGGAAGGCCCGGGCGGUGCUGAAGGAUGUGGAGGCGGAGCGGGACAGGCUGUCAGCCCGACUCAAGGUGCUCGAGACGCAGCUCAUGGAGUCACAGGAGCGGGCGGCGGCGGCGACGGCCACGGCGGCAGCGCAGGCAGAGGAGGCUGAGCGGGAGAUCGCGGCCGUGCGGAUGGAUGCUAAGAGACUGGUGGCGGAGGCGAGGAGGGAGGCGGCGGAGGCGCAGGCCAGGGCGGAAAGCGAGGCCGCUCGUGGCGGUGCGGAGGUUGUCGCCGCUGCCCGGGAGCGGGAGGGGGCUUUGGCGGCCACCAUUGCGGACCUGCGGGCGGCGCUGAGCGGUCUGGAGGCGGCGGCGGCGGAUCGGGAGGAGGCGUUGCGGCGGCAGUGCGGCAGACUGGAGGAGCGAAUACGGCAACUGGAGGGAGAGAAGGAGGAUCUCGCAGCCACCACUACAGAGGCCUCCAGGCCGCUACUCAAGCAGAUUGAGAGCAUGGCGGCAGCGGCAGCAGCAGCUUCGGAGGCAGCGCAGGAGGCGGAGGCGAAGUUGGUUGCCCGGCUGCGAGCCACGGAGGCCGCGCUCACGGCAGCGGCGGACGCGGAGCGGGCAGCGGUGGGGCGUGCGGCUGCAGCUGAGGCUGCUGCCGCUGCUGCAAAGGAGGCCGCGGCGGUGGCCGGAGCUUCCGGUGCGGAUGCCCGGUCCCGAUUAGAGACGUUGCAACGACAUGCGAUGGCGUUGGAGGCGGAGAAGUCGAGUGCCGAGGAGCGGCUGGCGGCUGCGCUCGGUCGUGAGACCCAGCUGCGGGCCGAGCUGGAGAACAGCCAGAGGGAGCUGGGGGAGAAGCUGUGGGACGCGGAGGAGCGGGUUCGCGCAUUGAAGGAGGAGCGCGAGGAGCUGCUGGCACGGCUGGAGUCCGGGCUGCAGAUCGGGGCCAGUGGGCCACGGGGAGCCACCGCACCUAAUCAGCGCUCGUCAACAUCUUCAGUCACGACGGCGACGGCUACUGCGGCCGCAACAGCGAAUGGCACGGCCACCACAACGGACAAGCCGCCGGGUGAGCCCGCAACUCACAGCGGCCGGCACACUUCGCCCAGCGGGGGCCCCGAGGGAGGAUGGCUAGCGGCAGAAGAAGAGGAGGAGCUGGAUGACGUGCUCAAGGCGCUUGUACGGCAAGCAGCUGUAGCAAGGGGGACGACCGGGAACGUGGGUGGACAGAUUACAAGCUCUAGUGGAAAGGCCCUUGUGAACGGGGGAAGUGGCGUUGUCGGGCCGCCCCUGAGCGACCCUGCUGCGGUGGCUCGCGCGUUGGAGUUGUUGCAGUCACGGCUGAAGGCUGCUGAGGCCGCGCGUGAGGGCGCUGCUGAGGCGCUUUGUGCGGCCUUGCAGCGAGCGGAUGCAGUGGCGAGUGGCGCAGCGGAGGCGGAGUCUCUUCGUCAACAGUUGGAGGAGGCCACUGCCAAGGUGGACUUUUUGCUGGAGCUGCUCGGAGAACGAAACGAGUUCAUCGAGCAGCUGCAGGAUGACAUCAAAGAGAUGAAGGGCAUCUUUUGGAAGCAGCUGGAGGAGUGCGUCGCGCAGCUCAAUGCCGCACAGGCAGAUGCUGCACGGCUCCGAUCUGCUCAGGGGCACGUGCCCCAUGCCGCGUGCGCACCCUUGACUUCAACGCCGUCCUUGGCUUCGGCAUCAGGGCCAGAGCCGCCACGGUCCUCGCUGCCAGCAGCGUCAGGCGAGGUUCCACCUUCUGCCGCUGCUGGUCUGCGGAAGCAUCCCCUCCACAAGCUCAAGGAUAAGGCACGAUGA